AUGGCUGAGCAGUUGAUUCUCAAGGGUACCCUCGAGGGCCACAAUGGCUGGGUCACCAGCCUGGCUACCUCCAUGGAGAACCCCAACAUGCUCCUGUCCGCUUCCCGUGACAAGACUCUGAUCAUCUGGAACCUCACCCGUGACGAGUCCCAGUACGGUUACCCCAAGCGCUCCCUCAAGGGCCACUCCCACAUCGUCUCCGACUGCGUUAUCUCCUCGGACGGCGCCUACGCCCUGUCUGCCUCUUGGGACAAGACUCUCCGCCUUUGGGAGCUUGCCACCGGCACCACCACCCGCCGCUUUGUCGGCCACACCAACGACGUUCUGUCUGUCUCCUUCUCCGCCGACAACAGACAAAUCGUUUCUGGCUCCCGCGACCGCACUAUCAAGCUCUGGAACACCCUCGGUGACUGCAAGUACACCAUCUCCGAGAAGGGUCACUCCGAGUGGGUUUCCUGCGUCCGCUUCAGCCCCAACCCCCAGAACCCCGUCAUUGUCUCCUCCGGCUGGGACAAGCUCGUCAAGGUCUGGGAGCUCAGCACCUGCAAGCUGCAGACUGACCACAUCGGCCACACCGGCUACAUCAACACCGUCACCAUCUCCCCCGAUGGAUCCCUCUGCGCCUCCGGUGGCAAGGACGGUACCACCAUGCUUUGGGACCUUAACGAGUCCAAGCACCUCUACUCCCUCAACGCCAACGACGAGAUCCACGCCCUUGUCUUCUCCCCCAACCGCUACUGGCUCUGCGCUGCUACCGCCAGCAGCAUCAUCAUCUUCGACCUUGAGAAGAAGAGCAAGGUUGAUGAGCUCAAGCCCGAGUUCACUGCUGUCGGCAAGAAGAGCCGUGAGCCUGAGUGCGUGAGCUUGGCCUGGUCCGCCGAUGGCCAGACCCUGUUCGCCGGUUACACUGACAACAUCAUCCGUGCCUGGGGUGUCAUGUCGAGAGCAUAA